AUGGCUUUUAUCAGUUUAUUUGGAGCAUUCAUAGCUUCCUUUUGCUUUCUUAUCGUCUCUUAUUUUCUCAACCAGAAAACCUUUGGUUACUUACAAAUCAAGAAAACUCUUCAAAGAUACCCCUGGAACUGGCCGAUUCUUGGGAUGUUUCCGGGUUUGCUUGUGAGGAUUCACCGGAUAAACGACAGCGUUGAGGUUCUAGAAAACUCUAACAUGACGUUCCCAUUCAAGGGUCCAUGGUUUGCUGGAAAGGAUGUAUUGAUCACAGUCGAUCCAGCUAAUAUUCAGCAUAUAGUGAGCUCAAACUUCUCCAACUAUAUCAAAGGUGAGGAGUUCAAGGAGAUCUUUGAAGUUUACCGAGACGGGCUAGUCAACUCAGACGGUGAUCGAGCUAGCAAGCUGAAGAAGUGUUACCAGGCCCUUCUCCACGAUCAAGGGUUUCAGAGACUUUCAACGAGUGCCACAACAAGCAAACUCAAGGACGUGCUAUUGCCUCUUUUCGAUCAUUUUGCAGAGGAAGGGACGGUCGUGGACUUACAGGAUGUGUUCAGGAGAUUCACCUUUGACACAGCCCUAGUUACAAUAACCGGGUCUGAUCGUAGAUAUCUCUCCACUGAAAUGCGUGAAGAUGAGUUCGUUAAAGCAUUCGAGGAUGUUGGAGAAGCGAUUGUGUAUAGGCAUCUCACACCAAGAUUCUUUUGGAAGCUGCAAAAGUGGAUAGGGUUCGGACCAGAGAAGAAGAUGGUGGAAGCUGAAGCAUUAAUUGAUCGUGUUUGUGCAAAAUACAUAUUAGCUAAGAGAGAUGAGUUACAACAACAAGGGAUUAGUCAGCAUGAGGAUGUUUUAACUUUCUUCAUGAAACUAGAUACAACCAAGUACGAGCUCUCGGAUCCCAUUGAUGAUAAAUUCCUAAGAGAUGUCAUCUUGGGUUUCAUUGUAGCGGGAAGAGACACCGUGGUGUCAGCUCUUUCUUGGUUCUUCUGGCUUUUGUCUGAAAAUCCUCAAGUGACGACUUUAAUACGCGAAGAAAUCAACAAGAAUCUACCAAGAACCGGAUGUGGCCAUGAGAACUUGGACAAGCUCGUGUACUUACAUGCCACAUUGUAUGAAACAAUGAGGCUCUAUCCACCACUUCCAUUCCAACGUAAGUCUUCUAUAAAAUCAGACGUGCUUCCAAGCGGGCAUAAAGUCGAUGCAGACUCUCCAAUUAUGAUCUUUCUUUACGCGAUGGGGAGGAUUAGAGCUAUAUGGGGAGAAGACGCAUGGGAGUUUAAGCCAGAGAGAUGGGUUUCAGACACAGGAGAGUUGAGACAUGAACCGUCCCACAAGUUCUUUCCGUUUUACGCUGGCCCGAGAACUUGUCUAGGUAAGCAUACAGUUAUGAAUCAUUUGAAGAUAAUAGUGGUGGAGGUAUUACAAAACUAUGACAUUGAGGUAGUUAAAGGACACAAGAUCGAGCCACUUCCUGGUCUUACUCUUCACAUGAAGCAUGGGCUUAGAGUCAAGCUUGCUAAGAGAUGUUCAGCUUGAAAUGCUAAUGUUAGAGUUGUUCCAGUGAUA